CAAUGUGGAGGCUGGGCCAAAGUGUGAAAGGGAGGAGAAGGGGGGAGCCGCUUGAAUAUGUGGGACCAACAGACCUACCAAAUACACCCCUGCAAAUAUCCCAGACACAGGUGCACGUUCGGGACGCGCUCUGCCAGGACCACGUGAGAAGCAAUCUGCGGAGGAGCUGUGGAAGACUGCUGGGAGCGUGUCUUGGUGCAGGCGAAGGGGUGCGGCACAGGGCGAGACACCGCUUUGUUAGGAAGAAGAGAAGGACCUGCGUUCUGUGUUGUGGGAUGGAUGACGUCACUAACACUUCAAAGCCAGGGUGAUCCUUCUGGGCACUGUGGAGCUGGGGAUAUUAUCAGGUGUUGCCAGAGAGGUGUGGGACCAUUCAGUUCGUUUUGGAGGUGGAUAUCAGCUCAGAUUGCAAGGAUCACAAGAGUGCUGAGAGUCCACUUCGGAGAUAGUAUGGAGGACUCCUCCCUGCCUGCAAAGCACCUGGAGCUGAGCGCUCAUUCCCGCUUCAUCAUUGGCUCUGUGUCUGAGGAUAACUCAGAAGAUGAGACUAGUUCCUUGGUGAAGCUUGAUCUGCUGGAGGAGAAAGAGAGUUCUCUGUCUCCCGUGUCUGUCUGUUCAGAGUCCUUUUCAGACCUGGGACUACCUAACAUUCAAGAAGGCCUAGCAAGUCACAUGAGGCCCAGUAUGUCUGGCUUGCACCUUGUAAAGCAAGGCCGAGACCGGAAGAAAGUUGACUUGCAGAGGGAUUUCACUGUGGCUUCCCCAGCCGAAUUCGUUACUCGUUUUGGGGGGAAUAAAGUCAUCGAGAAGGUCCUUAUUGCCAAUAAUGGGAUUGCGGCCGUGAAAUGCAUGAGGUCCAUCCGACGCUGGUCCUAUGAGAUGUUUCGAAAUGAGCGUGCCAUCAGAUUCGUUGUCAUGGUGACUCCUGAAGAUCUGAAAGCGAAUGCAGAGUACAUUAAAAUGGCUGAUCACUAUGUCCCUGUGCCAGGAGGGCCAAACAACAACAACUAUGCAAAUGUUGAAUUGAUUCUGGAUAUCGCAAAACGGAUUCCAGUGCAGGCCGUGUGGGCUGGCUGGGGUCAUGCUUCUGAGAACCCCAAACUGCCAGAGCUCCUUCACAAGAAUGGAAUUGCCUUCAUGGGUCCCCCAAGCCAAGCCAUGUGGGCUUUGGGGGAUAAAAUUGCAUCUUCAAUAGUGGCUCAAACAGCAGGGAUCCCAACUCUCCCCUGGAGUGGCAGUGGCCUUCGUGUGGACUGGCAGGAGAACGAUCUUCAGAAGCGCAUCUUGAACGUCCCGCAGGAGCUGUAUGAAAAGGGUUAUGUGAAGGAUGUGGACGAUGGGUUGCGGGCUGCUGAGGAAGUUGGCUACCCAGUCAUGAUCAAGGCCUCUGAAGGUGGAGGAGGAAAAGGAAUCAGGAAAGUUAACAAUGCCGAUGAUUUCCCCAAUCUCUUCAGACAGGUGCAAGCUGAAGUCCCAGGCUCGCCGAUCUUCGUGAUGAGACUGGCCAAGCAGUCCCGCCACCUGGAGGUGCAGAUCCUUGCAGAUCAGUAUGGCAAUGCCAUUUCCCUCUUUGGCCGUGAUUGCUCAGUGCAGCGCAGGCAUCAGAAGAUCAUUGAAGAGGCUCCAGCAUCCAUUGCUACCAUUGCGGUGUUCGAACACAUGGAGCAGUGCGCAGUGAAGCUUGCCAAGAUGGUGGGGUAUGUGAGUGCUGGGACAGUGGAGUACCUCUACAGCCAGGACGGGAGCUUCUACUUCCUUGAGCUGAAUCCCCGGCUGCAGGUGGAACACCCCUGCACGGAGAUGGUGGCUGACGUGAACCUGCCUGCAGCACAGCUUCAGAUUGCCAUGGGGAUUCCUCUUCACCGGAUCAAAGAUAUCCGAGUUCUGUAUAGUGCUUCUCCAUGGGGAGACACACCCGUUGACUUUGAGAAUUCAGCCCAUGUCCCCAGUCCACGUGGUCAUGUGAUUGCUGCUCGUAUCACCAGUGAGAAUCCAGAUGAGGGUUUUAAGCCCAGCUCUGGAACAGUCCAAGAACUGAAUUUCCGCAGCAAUAAGAAUGUCUGGGGUUAUUUCAGUGUCGCGGCUGCAGGGGGACUUCAUGAAUUUGCUGACUCUCAGUUUGGGCACUGCUUCUCAUGGGGAGAAAAUCGUGAAGAAGCCAUCUCUAACAUGGUGGUGGCUUUGAAGGAACUGUCUAUCCGAGGGGAUUUCCGAACCACUGUCGAGUACUUGAUUAAACUGCUGGAGACGGAAAGCUUCCAACACAACCGCAUUGACACUGGCUGGCUGGACAGGCUCAUUGCAGAGAAAGUUCAGGCAGAGAGGCCUGAUACCAUGCUAGGAGUGGUGUGUGGGGCUCUGCAUGUGGCUGACGUGAGCUUCCGUAACAGUGUCUCCAACUUCUUGCACUCUCUCGAGAGGGGUCAGGUCCUGCCUGCUCAUACUCUGCUGAACACAGUGGAUGUGGAACUCAUCUACGAAGGACGGAAAUAUGUGCUGAAGGUGACCAGGCAGUCACCCAAUUCCUAUGUGGUCAUCAUGAACAACUCCUGCGUGGAGGUUGAUGUGCACCGAUUGAGUGAUGGAGGACUGCUCUUAUCCUACGAUGGCAGCAGCUACACCACCUACAUGAAGGAAGAAGUGGACAGAUAUCGGAUCACCAUAGGUAAUAAGACCUGUGUGUUCGAGAAGGAGAAUGACCCAUCCAUCCUGCGCUCGCCUUCUGCUGGGAAGCUCAUCCAGUACGUGGUGGAGGAUGGAGGACACGUGUUUGCAGGCCAGUGCUUUGCGGAAAUAGAGGUGAUGAAGAUGGUGAUGACACUGACAGCAGCAGAAUCGGGCUGCAUCCACUAUGUCAAACGCCCUGGGGCAGCACUGGACCCCGGCUGUGUGAUUGCCAAGCUGCAGUUGGAUGAUCCCAGCAGGGUUCAGCAGGCUGAGCUGCACACUGGUACCUUGCCAAAGAUCCAGAGCACAGCACUUCGAGGCGAGAAGCUCCAUCGUGUCUUCCAUUAUGUCCUUGAUAACCUGGUCAAUGUGAUGAAUGGAUACUGCCUGCCGGAGCCAUACUUUGGCAGGAAGGUGAAGGAUUGGGUUGAGCGGCUAAUGAAGACCCUGAGAGACCCAUCUUUGCCCCUCCUGGAGCUUCAGGACAUCAUGACCAGUGUCUCUGGGCGCAUCCCACCCAAUGUGGAGAAGUCCAUCAAGAAGGAGAUGGCCCAAUAUGCCAGCAACAUCACAUCUGUUCUCUGCCAGUUUCCCAGCCAGCAGAUUGCCAACAUUUUGGACAGCCAUGCAGCCACGCUAAAUCGCAAAUCUGAGCGGGAGGUCUUCUUUAUGAACACUCAGAGUAUUGUUCAGUUGGUGCAGAGGUACCGAAGUGGUAUUCGAGGCCACAUGAAGGCUGUGGUGAUGGAUCUUCUUCGUCAGUACCUGAAGGUGGAGACUCAGUUCCAGCACGGUCACUAUGACAAGUGUGUCUUUGCCCUUCGGGAAGAGAACAAAAGUGACAUGAACACUGUAUUGAACUACAUCUUCUCCCACGCCCAGGUCACCAAGAAGAACCUGCUUGUAACAAUGCUCAUUGACCAACUGUGUGGCCGAGACCCCACCUUGACAGACGAGUUAAUUAAUAUUCUGACUGAGCUGACCCAGCUGAGCAAGACGACCAAUGCUAAAGUAGCGCUGCGGGCACGUCAGGUUCUCAUUGCUUCCCAUUUGCCGUCAUACGAGCUGCGUCACAACCAGGUGGAGUCCAUCUUCCUAUCAGCCAUUGACAUGUACGGACACCAGUUCUGCAUUGAGAACCUGCAGAAACUCAUUCUGUCUGAGACAUCCAUCUUUGAUGUGCUACCAAAUUUCUUCUAUCACAGUAACCAGGUGGUGAGAAUGGCAGCUCUGGAGGUGUAUGUUCGAAGAGCAUACAUUGCCUAUGAGUUGAACAGUGUCCAGCAUCGGCAGCUAAAGGACAACACCUGUGUGGUGGAGUUCCAGUUCAUGUUACCCACCUCCCAUCCAAACAGAGGGAACAUCCCCACGCUCAACAGAAUGUCCUUCUCUUCCAACCUCAACCACUACGGGAUGGUCCACGUGGCCAGCGUGAGUGACGUGCUGCUGGACAACUCAUUCACCCCGCCCUGCCAGCGGAUGGGCGGGAUGGUCUCCUUCAGGACAUUUGACGAUUUUGUCAGAAUCUUCGAUGAAGUGAUGGGUUGCUUCUGUGACUCUCCUCCCCAAAGCCCGACCUUCCGUGAAGCCAGCCGCACUUCUUUGUAUGAUGAAGAUAAGGUUGCCAGAGAGGAGCCUAUUCACAUCUUGAAUGUUGCCAUUAAGACCGACAGCGAUAUUGAUGACGAUGGGCUGGCAGCCAUGUUCAGGGAGUUCACACAAAGCAAGAAAUCCAUCCUGAUUGAGCAUGGGAUCCGGAGGCUGACAUUCCUUGUAGCACAAAAGGAUUUCAGGAAACAGGUCAACUAUGAGGUGGAUCAAAGAUUUCAUAGGGAAUUCCCCAAAUUUUUCACAUUCCGCGCCAGAGACAAGUUUGAGGAAGAUAGGAUCUACCGUCACUUGGAGCCAGCUCUGGCUUUCCAGUUAGAGCUGAACCGAAUGAGAAACUUUGAUCUCACUGCCAUUCCGUGCGCCAAUCAUAAGAUGCACCUGUACCUGGGAGCAGCCAAAGUCGAAGUGGGCACGGAGGUGACGGACUACAGGUUCUUCGUGAGGGCUAUUAUAAGGCAUUCAGACUUAGUCACCAAGGAAGCCUCCUUUGAGUAUCUUCAGAACGAAGGGGAGCGCUUGCUUUUGGAAGCCAUGGAUGAGCUGGAGGUGGCAUUUAAUAACACCAACGUGCGCACGGACUGCAAUCACAUCUUCUUAAACUUUGUGCCCACUGUCAUCAUGGAUCCAUCUAAGAUUGAAGAGUCUGUGCGGAGCAUGGUGAUGCGCUAUGGAAGCCGCCUCUGGAAACUCCGCGUCCUUCAAGCAGAGCUGAAAAUCAACAUUCGCUUGACGCCAACUGGAAAAGCGAUACCUAUUCGUCUCUUCCUGACCAAUGAAUCUGGCUACUACUUGGACAUCAGCCUCUACAAGGAGGUGACAGAUUCCAGGACAGCCCAGAUUAUGUUCCAGGCGUAUGGAGACAAACAGGGACCACUUCAUGGCAUGCUGAUCAACACCCCAUACGUGACAAAAGACCUCCUUCAGUCCAAGAGGUUCCAGGCACAGUCUUUAGGGACAACAUAUGUCUAUGACAUUCCUGAAAUGUUUCGGCAGUCACUGAUUAAACUCUGGGAUUCCAUGAAUGAAUGUGCAGUUCUGUCUGCACCGCCUCUGCCUUCUGACAUGCUGACUUAUACUGAACUGGUCCUGGAUGAUCAAGGCCAGCUGGUGCACAUGAACAGGCUACCUGGUGGAAAUGAGAUUGGCAUGGUGGCCUGGAAAAUGACCCUCAAGAGCCCCGAGUACCCAGAAGGCCGUGAUAUCAUAGUCAUUGGGAAUGAUAUCACGUACCGAAUUGGCUCCUUUGGACCACAGGAGGACCUGCUCUAUCUUCGGGCCUCUGAACUUGCUCGAACUCAGGGCAUCCCCCGGAUUUACGUGGCUGCCAACAGUGGAGCGAGGAUUGGUUUGGCUGAGGAGAUUCGUCAUAUGUUUCACGUGGCCUGGGUGGAGCCCGAUGAUCCGUAUAAAGGAUACAAAUACUUAUAUCUGACACCUCAAGAUUAUAAGAAGGUCAGUGCCUUGAACUCAGUCCAUUGCGAGCACGUGGAAGACGAAGGAGAGUCCAGGUAUAAGAUAACAGAUAUUAUUGGAAAGGAAGAAGGACUUGGAGUAGAAAACCUCAGAGGGUCUGGCAUGAUUGCUGGAGAGUCAUCAUUAGCCUAUGACAGUAUUAUCACCAUCAGCCUGGUCACGUGUCGGGCAAUUGGCAUUGGGGCUUACCUUGUUCGGCUUGGACAGAGGACCAUCCAAGUGGAGAACUCCCAUAUAAUCCUGACCGGAGCCGGAGCACUGAACAAGGUGCUUGGACGGGAGGUGUACACCUCAAACAACCAGCUGGGUGGGAUCCAGAUCAUGCACAACAAUGGAGUGACACACAGCACCGUGUGCGAUGAUUUUGAAGGUGUCUUCACCAUUCUGCUGUGGUUAUCCUACAUGCCAAAGAGUGUAUCCUGCCCGGUUCCUAUCCUAAGUGCCAAGGAUCCAAUAGACAGAACUAUUGAGUUUGUUCCCACCAAGACUCCCUAUGAUCCCCGGUGGAUGUUGGCUGGACGUCCUCAUCCAACUCAAAAAGGCCAGUGGUUAAGUGGGUUCUUUGACCAUGGCUCCUUCCUGGAGGUCAUGCAGCCUUGGGCACAAACAGUUGUAGUUGGCAGAGCCAGGCUGGGAGGAAUACCUGUAGGAGUAGUUGCCGUAGAAACCAGAACUGUGGAGCUAAGUAUCCCUGCUGACCCUGCAAACCUGGACUCAGAGGCCAAGAUAAUCCAGCAGGCUGGUCAAGUGUGGUUCCCAGACUCUGCCUUUAAGACAGCCCAAGCUAUCAAGGACUUUAACAGGGAGGGACUUCCUCUGAUGGUCUUUGCCAACUGGCGAGGCUUCUCCGGUGGCAUGAAAGACAUGUAUGACCAGAUACUGAAGUUUGGUGCCUACAUCGUGGACGGCCUGCGGGAAUACAGGCAACCAGUGAUUGUUUACAUCCCACCCCAGGCAGAGCUGAGAGGAGGAUCCUGGGUGGUGAUCGACCCCACCAUUAACCCUCGACACAUGGAGAUGUAUGCAGACCGGGACAGCAGAGGAGGAGUUCUGGAGCCCGAAGGGACAGUAGAAAUCAAAUUCCGCAAGAAAGAUUUGGUGAAGACAAUGAGGCGAGUGGACCCAAUCUACAUUCGGCUGGCAGAGCGACUAGGCACCCCGGAGCUCAGCCCGGCUGAGCGGAAGGAGCUGGAGACGAAGCUGAAGGAGCGGGAGGAAUUCCUGACGCCCAUCUAUCACCAGGUGGCUGUGCAGUUUGCUGACUUGCAUGACACGCCAGGCCGCAUGCAGGAGAAAGCUGUCAUCACCGACAUUCUGGAGUGGAAAACCUCCCGGACUUUCUUCUACUGGAGGUUGCGGCGCCUGCUGCUGGAAGACGUGGUCAAGAAAAAGAUCCACGAUGCCAACCCUGAGCUGACGGAUGGGCAGAUCCAGGCCAUGCUGAGGCGCUGGUUUGUGGAAGUCGAGGGGACAGUCAAGGCGUACUUGUGGGAUAACAACAAGGACCUGGUGGAGUGGCUGGAGAAACAGCUCACAGAAGAAGAAGGCGUUCGCUCAGUCGUGGAGGAAAACAUCAAAUACAUCUCCAGAGAUUACAUCCUCAAGCAGAUACGGAGUUUGGUACAGGCCAAUCCCGAGGUUGCCAUGGAUUCCAUCGUUCACAUGACCCAGCAUAUAUCACCGACCCAGCGAGCCGAGAUAGUGCGGAUUCUUUCAACAAUGGACUCGCCUCCUUCCACGUAAGAGGAUUCGUCUCCCACUCUCCUUUUUCCCCCCAUACAGUGGAAAAAGCUGCAAGUUCCCCUUUGCUCAACCCCGACCGCUGUACUGAGAAGAGGAAGCAAAGGGAAAUGCUGCAGCAACAACACUUUUAUAUUUGAAAAUCUGACUGGCCACAAAGACGCAAGGAAACCGUCUCAAAGCAAGUUCCAGGAGCCCGGUCCUGGCUGUCUUAACUGUCCCUUAUUUAUUUAACACCGUGUGACUGGACCAAAGUGUCAGCUGGCUGCUCGGCUGCCACGCAAAAGCACUACACAGACUAUGAAGGGUACCCUGGUACCGUGAGGUCUUAACGCGCUCUCAGCUCUGCCCCUGCCGACUUGUCUUUGUUCACCCAGGCUGGGGGAGGUGGGACGAAGGUGAUGGCUUUGUACGUGCCAAUGGUAUCGGUCAGGGCUGGCUGUUCCUCCCAAGUGCAGCUCGGAUGUUGUUGAUUCCCCGUAGGAAGAAAUGGAGAAAUGGCACUCAUGGUAGUUUUCUUACCCUCACAAGGAGUGGAGACACCCAGUGACUCCUGGCAUCUUCCCUCCUCGCCGCUGCUGGCUACGUUUUCCACUUCAAACACGCACAGCUGUCUUGUGUGCUCGGCCUCCAACGACCCCCGUCAUUUAAGUAUUGUUCUGACCAGGGCUUUCAGCCUGUCUGGAGUCGGAACAGAGAUUCUGCUGGUUUCCCGUAGAAUGAAAAUGCUGUACAUUAUAAUUGUCGCUUUAGCUGCACCCAGAAAUUGGAUGCUAAAUCCAUAGCAAAUGGUAGCUUUUUCUGUCUUAAAGGCUGACCCCACCUAUCACAUUCUCACUUGUGUACAGAGCGGCAUUGAUAUUCUGUCUGCACAUUCAGAAGCUGUAGCUAAGGUUGUGUUGGUACUUGUUAGUUUUCCCUGGAUGAGAGACAGAGAGGCUCAUUCCGUGGCUCGGGGGAAGGUGGCAGUAGUUAGUUUCAGACGUACUGAGAUUAAAACCACCUCGCUAACUUUUUUGUACUUUUUUUGUUACUGAAACCAAUGUUUUUAAAUGGAAAAAAAACCAGCUGCUCAAUCAACCAUGUGAACAAAGCAAUUUUUCGCCCUUUUAGAAAGAGGGAAAGGAAUCACAAAUCAGCUUUUUUUGUCAGCUGCUGUACUCACUACGUCACAGGAGGGAAGCCUCCACCCAUGGCCAGUGGGUUCCUUCACAACCAGCAACAGUGAUUUGGGUUUUUUAAAAGAUCAUUUUCCUUUUGGAUGUCUGCUUUAACAAAUUAAUGGUCACAUAUAAGUAUUAGCUGCUAUGCUGGCAUGGUACGUCAGGCCGCACAAAAGCUUCCCAGUAAAGGCUUGGAGAUGGACUUAAAUACAGCAGUAGGGUUGUGUCACUGGCUGGGCCAGAGUCACUAAACGAAAACUCAGUUUAAUUCAUUUAACUGAUUGUUAAUUAUGUUCUAAUUAGAUCUUUCAUUAGGAUCGAAAAGGUGAGCAUCUCAGGCUGAUGCUGUGGUGCUGGGAAAAGGGAAUACAACUGCUGCUUGAACAAUAAGAUAACUUUCCUUGCAACCUUUCAUGCAUGUUCGGUAUCGUCAUCACUGUUUCCAUUCGAGGUAGUUGUUGCUUCCCGGUCUCUACUCUGUAUCUGUGUCAUUAACUACAUCUUCUUCACAGUGCUGGGCAGGAGUCUGACUCUGGCUGGUGUCACUAGGUCCUGACUGCGAUAGAAAACUGCAGUCGUGAAACCCGAGCAGUACAAUCCAACCAGACCAGCAGAGGCAAAUCAAUGUGAAACGGCUUCAUGGUAACAUUGCAAAGCAAAUUAGCGAUGUGAAUUCUUCUCACAUACUCAGUAUGCUGCACCCCUUUGCUGGGGGAAGCAGGCAUGUGGAGAAGACUUGUUUCUCUAGCUGCAGUUUUUAAAAACUCAAAUGCCGGGUGUUUCAUAAAUUCACCCCUUGUAGUGCCAGCAAGCAUUAGAGAGCCUUUGCCUGCCGCCACUGGGAACACCGCGCUGAUGGUGCAGGCGACAAAGGUGCAGCUGACAGGGCAAGGGCCUGGUUUUCUUUUAUAACCUUAAUUCCUGCUUAGAAGUAAUAGGAUUGACACAAGCAUGAGACAGUAGGCAGUACUCUGCCCAGCCUCUCCUGCCCUCCCCAGAGGCCGGGUUAUUGAGGCUGUAGCUGCAUACCUCUGCCAGCGUGGAAGGGCUUCUGACUGUUGCCACAAAGAGGUGAGUCUGGACCGCAGGGAGUUUGUUACAGUGGGCCUUCAAGAACCUCUCAUUAAGGUGAGGGGCUCGGGGAGGCCUGAGGUCACAACUGCGGUGCUACUGGAGCACGUGGAUAUGCUGGUGCCUGUUGCUCCAGCUGCUCAGCAGAGCUGCACAUGCCAUGGCCGUUUUGAAUAGACCCACACCCCUCAGGCAGGGAAAACCCCACAGCUCCACCAGUGCCAAGGAUAUUCAAAUAAGAGCCUUGUUUUCAAGUGCGUUUCCCACAAGCACCCACCACCUUGAAAAUGCUGCUGUGGCCAGGGUUGUGCGUACACAUGGCAGUCAGAGUGCUGCGGUGAUGGCAUGCUAGUCUACAGCUAGUAGAGGUAGCAUGCUGUGACCUAGGAGCUGGACACCUGCUCCAGAUGAAGUAUUAAACCGACAAGGCUCGUGCCUGCCUUCUGGCUCUCCCCAGACAAUCCCCCCCCAAAACUGUGAGCUGGGGAGGGGGAGCGGCUGGCAUUCAGCAGUUCCAAGUACCAGUGCCCCUGUAAGCCAGACCUGUUACUAGUGUCUUACUUAAAGCUGUGUGUGAGGGCGACAGGCAGUCAGCUAACAGCCACGGUGACCUUCUUCAGCAGCUCCCAGGGCAGUGUCAACUGUCCGUGGCCAUCUUGCUUUCUGUCACUAGCUGCUGUAUGUUGCGGUGGGAACAUAGGCACACCCAGGUAACACUGAACCCAGGAGAUGUUACUGCUGGACACGUAUGGCUCUUGCUGGUGCUGAAGUAUUUCACUUACCUCAAAGUUUUUAAUAAAAAGAAUUGGCUCCA